GCUACCGUCCAGCCGUGCCAGCCAGCCAGCCAACUACUCCCUGCACCACUGCCGGCUCUCUUGCUAGUGUUUUGAGUUUUACUCCUACUAACCACCGUGAUUCACUCGUCCCAAGGUGGGGCGCACCGGUCACCGUCCAGGGGCCAAUUAAUGUCGCGCAGGAUCGGUCCCAUGUGCACCGGGGUGCCCUCCGCCUCCCACCUCUGCUGGCUCUGGACGGCAGCGUCUCUCUCACUGGCCUGCUCCACCUCUCCCUCCUUAAUUCUUGCCUGCUGCUGACGCUGCUGCUGGGUGGUGAGGAGGAAUGGGGAGAGAAUGCUGGGGGUUCUUGGAUGGAUGCAUUUUGGCGGAGGCUGUGAGCUGACCCGCCGAACUUGGGUGCAUUUGAGCUAGCUGCGGUGGUGUUCUUUGGCUACUCGGAUUGCUGCAUCGAGGAAACUGAAGUUUGACAGUAAGCAAGGCAAAAGUUUUCUGUGACUGAUUCUGACGUGCGAGAUCGUUGCGCAAACAAGGUCGUGCGAGAGCAAGCAAGGUCGUUGCGCAAAUCCUGGUUCUGAUUCUGAUUGUUCCUGUUUGGAAGUGAUACAAUUUACCAGGAUACCAAGAAAAGGAUAAGUUGUGCUCCAAUGGCUUGGCAAAUUAGCAUCCUAGUCAUGGCCACAACCUAUUUGAUGUUAUUCCCAAGAAGCGAACAGUCUUCACAGAGUGAGCUGCUGCUGCAGCUCAGGAAGCAGCUGGAGUACCCCAGGCAGCUGGAUGCAUGGAGCAGCCCAAGCAGCGACCCCUGCUACACUCAACCCACUGCGGUGCUUGCCAUAACGUGCGAGGGAAAUGCCAUCACAGAGCUUAAAAUUGUAGGUGACAUGAUCACCAAGCCACCAAAGUUCAGCGGCUAUCCUGUUCCCAAUGUCACCCUCUCAGAAGCCUUCGUUCUUGACUCGUUUGUUACUACGCUGGCAAGGCUGACUACCUUGCGGGUUGUCAUCCUGGUGUCUUUAGGCCUAUGGGGUCCUCUCCCCGACAAGAUUCACCGCUUGUCUUCGCUUGAAGUGCUUGAUUUGAGCUCCAACUUUCUGUAUGGAUCGAUCCCUCCCAAGCUGUCAGUCAUGUCGAAGCUCCACACUGUGACGCUGGAUGGUAACUACUUCAAUGGAAGUGUACCAGACUGGCUUGAUUCUUUCUCGAACCUCACUGUUCUUCGGGUGCAGAGUAACCGGCUGAAGGGGUCCAUACCAACAUCAAUUGGCAAAGCUGCCAUGCUUACGGAGUUCGCGCUUGCUGGCAAUAGAAUCUCAGGGGAUGUUCCGAAUUUAAGCAACUUAAAUAAACUUGAGAUGUUGGAUUUAAGGGACAAUGAGUUGGAUGGAGAGCUUCCGGAGAUGCCUACAGCAUUGGUAACAAUCUUACUCAGCAAGAACUCACUGAAGGGUGAAAUUCCUGAGCAGUUUGGUCAAUUGAAUCGGCUUCAGCACCUUGAUCUGUCGUUCAACUUUCUUGUGGGGAGUCCUCCUGAAGAGCUCUUUGCUCUCCCCAACAUCAGUUAUCUGAACUUGGCGGCAAAUAUGCUCAGUGGAUCACUCUCGAAUAGCUUAAUAUGCAGCAACACCCUGGGCUUUGUGGAUUUGUCCACUAACCGACUCACAGGUGAUCUACCUGCUUGUCUGAAUGGUAAUUUGAAUAACAAGGUUGUUAAGUUUGGGGGGAAUUGCUUUAGUGCUGACCCUGCCCACCAGCAUGAAGCUAAAUACUGCCAACAAUCACAUAAGGGGAGAGGAUCAAGCAAGGAUGUUGGACUUGUAGUCACUGUUGUUGGCGUAUUGUUUAUUGUGCUUGUGCUUUCUCUGGUGUUAAUGGCUUCAAACAAAAGAAGCUGUCAGAAAGUUCUGGCAGAACAACAGUUCCUGCAAAAGCAUACACAAGAUAAUUCAACUUCAGGAAUGUCCUCAGAACUGCUAGUGAAUGCAAGGUGCAUAUCUCAAGCUAUCAAGUUAGGAAAACAAAUAGAGCCAUCAUAUCGCGUAUUUUCUUUAGAAGAACUCAAGGAAGCGACAAAAUGCUUUGAACGGUCAGCAUUUUUAGGCGAGGGAGCAAUUGGAAAGCUAUACAAGGGAAAAGUAGAGAAUGGGACCCUGAUUGCCAUAAGAUGUUUAGCACUGCACCAGCGAUAUUCAAUCAGGAAUCUAAAGCUUCGUUUAGAUCUCCUUGCAAAGCUUCGCCACCCAAAUUUGGUUUGCCUCUUGGGGCACUGCAUUGACAGCGCGGUUGAGGAAUCAAGUGUGAGGAGGGUUUUUCUUGUAUAUGAAUAUGUGCCUAGUGGAACUCUCUCUUCUUAUCUCUCUGGCUCAAGUCCAGAAAAGACUCUGAAGUGGUGUGAUAGGCUGCAAGUGCUGAUUGCCAUAGCUAAGGCUGUUCAUUUCCUACAUACAGGAAUAAUUCCUGGUUCCUUAUAUAAUCGGCUAAAAUCUUCUAGUAUUUUGCUUGACGAACACCUUAUGUCAAAGUUGAGCGACUAUGGGUUAUCCAUAAUCACAGAGGAGAUAUACAAACAUGAGGUAAUAGGAGAAGGGAAAAGAUACUUGCAAAAUAAUGCUGCAGAAAUGGAAAGUUUGGAGGAUGAUGUACACUCGUUUGGUUGUAUUCUAUUAGAAGUACUUAUGGGUCCAAAAUUACACGAAGAUGGCGGUCCUUUCGUUCUAAAUGAGCUGGUUGUGUCAAUAUCAAGCCAGGACGAGCGGGAGCAAGUUCUCGAUCCGGUUGUUAUUGGCACUUCUUCACAUGAUUCCUUAUCCAUGGUGGUUUCCAUUAUGAUCAAAUGCCUAUCCCCCGAAUCCUCAACCCGACCUUCCAUCGAAGAGGUUCUCUGGAACCUGCAAUAUGCCGCGCAGGUCCAGGCGACAGCCGACGGUGAUCAGAGAUCGGAGGUUUCCUCGCAAGCUUGUUAGCAUAACUGGAAAUAGCAGCAUGGAAAUUCAAGAAUGACUGAGCCGAGUGUCUUGGGAGUAAUCCUGCAUUUGCUAUAUAUCUCCUCAGCGGCAUUUGUAUAUUACAGCAGAUUAAAUAGCAUGCCAAGUGCUGUAAGCUCGUCUGGAAUAUGGUGAUUAGCUUGUUGUACAGACUUGUAACUUAUUAUGCCGGUUUCCUAGAUGGAUC